AUGGCUCUUUUAGUCCACCUAAAAAUGGUCCGGGACCUUCGCGGAAAGGCGGACAGAAUCGCCAAAGUCACAUUUCGAGGUCUGUCGUUCUACACACGUGUUCUGGAGAACUGUGAGGAUGAGGCCAGAUUUGAUGAGAUGUUCCGAUGGCCGAUUGCCAGUAGAGUGGAUGAAAACGAGAUACUGGAGCUUCAAGUGUUCAACUACAGCAAAAUCUUCACCAACAGAGUCAUUGGAACCUUCCGGAUGGUUCUACAGAAGGUGGCGGAGGAGGGGCAUCUGGAGGUGACAGACACACUCAUCGAUGACAACAACACCGCCAUAGGGACUAGUGUUACCGUAGACAUCAAGUACACGACCAUGGAUGGGACAGUGGGGGUGUGGAGCGAUGGGGAAUUCCUGGACGUUCCGGGCGACCCAGAGGGAACGUUCCAGUUUGAGACAGACAGCCUGCUUUCCGGACACAGCCAUGGAUCAGGAUCAGGAGUGUCUCCUGGACGAUCCAUCCACGGAAUUCCCACUUUCAGGAAAGCAGGGAAGGGGGUAUUCUCAGCCAUGAAGCUCCACAAGAGCAAGAGCUCCAGAGACGACCACAAGAAAGAUGAGCCAGCCACCCUGGACAUGGAGGAUCUGGACAGGAAGGCCUUACGUCUGGGAGGGGUUGGGGGUCUGGACCCAGACUGCAUCUCCCUGGCAUCCGUCACCGCCGUCACCACCAAUGUCUCCAACAAGAGGUCAAAGCCUGAUAUCAAGAUGGAACCUAGUUCUGGGAGGCCUGUGGAUUACCAGAUUAGCAUCACAGUGGUCGAGGCCAGGCAGCUGGUAGGCCUAAACAUGGACCCUGUGGUCUGUGUGGAGAUUGGGGAAGACAAGAAGUACACCUCCAUGAAGGAAUCCACCAACUGCCCCUACUACAAUGAGUAUUUUGUCUUUGACUUCCACGUCCCACCAGAUGUCAUGUUUGACAAGAUCCUCAAGCUCUCAGUGAUCCACUCCAAGAACCUGCUGCGGAGUGGCACCUUGGUUGGCACCUUCAAGCUAGAUGUUGGCACCGUCUACUCCCAGCCUGAGCACCAGUUCUACCACAAGUGGGCCAUGCUGUCUGACCCUGAUGACAUCACGGCGGGGUGCAAAGGAUACAUCAAGUGUGACAUCGCCGUGGUGGGGAAGGGGGACAAUAUCAAGACUCCCCACAAAGCCAACGAGACGGAUGAAGACGACAUAGAGGGGAACCUCCUGCUUCCAGAGGGAGUUCCGUUGGAGAGGCAGUGGGCGCGGUUCUACGUGAAGAUCUACCGAGCCGAGGGCCUUCCCAAGAUGAACACCAGCAUCAUGGCCAAUGUGAAGAAGGCCUUCAUAGGGGAGAACAGAGACCUGGUGGACCCCUACGUACAAGUGGUCUUCGCUGGACAGAGAGGGAAGACGUCUGUCCAGAAGAGCAGUUAUGAGCCCAUCUGGAACGAGCAGGUGGUCUUCACAGAGAUGUUUCCUCCGCUCUGCAAACGCAUCAAGGUCCAGAUACGAGACUCUGACAAAGUCAAUGACGUUGCCAUAGGAACGCACUUCAUUGACCUGCGAAAGAUCGCCAACGAUGGUGACAAAGGGUUCCUCCCCACCAUGGGCCCAGCCUGGGUCAACAUGUAUGGCUCAACCCGCCACUACACUCUGAUUGAUGAGCACCAGGACCUGAAUGAGGGGCUGGGGGAAGGUGUGUCCUUCAGGGCCCGCCUCCUCAUCUCUGUUGCCGUAGAGAUCCUGGACAUCACCUCCACUGAGAUUGUGAGCUCCACCGAGGUGCAGGUAGAGCCUGUCUCCAACAUCUCAGAGAGUGCCACAGGGAAAAUAGAGGAAUUCUUCCUAUUUGGUUCCUUCCUGGAGGCCACCAUGAUUGACAGGAAGAUCGGCGAUAAGCCAAUCAGCUUCGAGGUCACAAUAGGUAACUACGGCAACCAGAUAGACGGAGUGAGCAAGCCCACCGCAGCUAAGAAGAAGAAGAAGAAAGAGGGAGGAGGAGAAAGUGAUGAGGAAGAGUCAGAGCUGAUCCAGCAGAACUCCAGUGAGGACGAGGCGGAUGAUGAUGGGGACCUGGUGUCUGUGUCCUCCACCCCUCCCAUGAAACCUGUCAUCACAGACAGGAACUACUUCCACCUGCCCUACUUUGAGAAGAAGCCAUGUAUCUACAUCAAGAGCUGGUGGCAGGACCAGAGGAGACGACUCUACAACUCCAACAUCAUGGACAAGAUCGCUGACAAAAUGGAGGAGGGUCUGAAUGACGUGCAGGAGGUCAUUAAGACAGAGAAGGCCUAUCCAGAGCGCAGACUCCGAGGGGUGCUGGAGGAACUCAGCACUGGCUGCAAUCGUUUCGUCACUUUGGCCAACAAAGACCAGAACCAGGCAGGCAGAACUAAACUGGACAAAGAGAGACUCAAGUCCUGCAUGAGAGAAAUGGAGAGCAUGGGGCAGCAGGCCAAGCUGAUUCGCUCCCAGGUGAAGAGGAACACGGUUAGAGACAAAUUGAAGAUGGUUCAGAACUUCCUGCACAGGCUCCGUUUCCUUGCCGACGAGCCCCAGCACAGUAUCCCAGACGUGUUUGUAUGGAUGAUGAGUAACAACAAGCGUAUCGCCUACGCCCGCAUCCCCUCCAAAGACAUCCUCUACUCCAUCGUAGACGAGGAGACAGGCAAGGACUGUGGCAAGGUCAAAGCUGUCUUCCUCAGGCUGCCUGGUAAGAAGGGGUUUGGUCCAGCGGGUUGGACAGUGCAGGCUAAGAUGGAGAUGUACCUGUGGCUGGGCCUCAACAAACAGAGGAAGGACUUCCUGUCUGGCCUGCCCAACGGCUUUGAAGAGAACAAGGCUCCCAGGACAAGCCCCUGUUUGCAGUCUGUACCCCCCAUCAGUCUGGUUUACAACAUGAAGCAGGUGUUCCAGCUGAGGGCUCACAUGUACCAGGCCAGGAGUCUGUUUGCUGCAGACAGCAGUGGCUUGUCAGACCCCUUUGCCAGGGUAUUCUUCUCCACACAUAGCCAGGUCACUGAGGUCCUGAGUGAGACUCUGUGUCCUACGUGGGAUCAGCUGCUGGUGUUUGAUGAUGUUGAGCUGUUCGGGGAGGCCGGCGAGCUACGAGACGACCCGCCUAUCAUUGUGGUAGAGGUCUACGACCAGGACACUGUGGGCAAGGCAGAGUUCAUUGGUCGGACGUUUGCUAAGCCCAUCACGAAGAUGUGUGACGAGCAUUACGGCCCCCUGAGGUUCCCCCCACAGCUUGAGUACUACCAGAUCUACCGUGGUAACUCUACCGCCGGUGACCUACUGGCUGCCUUCGAGCUGCUGCAGAUUGGACAAGGGGGGAGGGCAGAGCUUCCUCCCAUCGAUGGUCCGACAGACUCAGAACGUGGACCCAUCCUCCCUGUACCCAUGGGUAUCCGACCUAUCCUCAGCCGCUACCGCAUAGAGGUUCUGUUCUGGGGCCUGAGGGACCUGAAGAGGGUGAAUUUGGCCCAGGUGGACAGACCCAGGGUGGACAUAGAGUGUGCAGGGAGAGGAGUCCAGUCUGCUCUCAUUCAGAACUACAAGAAGAACCCCAACUUCAGCACCCUCGUCAAGUGGUUUGAGGUGGACUUGCCAGAGAAUGAGCUGCUUCACCCUCCUCUGAACGUCCGGGUGGUGGACUGCAGGGCGUUUGGCCGCUACACCCUGGUGGGUUCCCAUGCUGUCACCAGCCUGCGACGCUUCAUCUACAGCCCACCAGACAAGACACACAACAACUGGGCCAGCGCAGGUGAUGUCACAGUCAACAUGGAUGCCGACCCCUCAGUCAGGAAGAUGGACACGGUGGUCAAGUUAGACGCUACGUCUGAUGCAGUUGUUAAAGUUGAUGUGAACGAGGAGAAAGAAGAAAAGAAGAGGAAGAAGAAGAAGAAGAAGGGAGAGGUGGAGGAGGACGAUGAGACAGACGAGAGCAUGCUGGACUGGUGGUCCAAAUAUUUUGCUUCCAUAGAGACACUGAUGGAGAUCCUCAGGGCUCAGGAUGCAGCUCUAGCCGAGGCAGAGGAGAGGGAGGACCAGGAGAUAGCAGCAGAGGGAGCAGAUAUCAAACCUGAUGACCUCCCUGUAAAAGGCUUCAAGGGGAAGGAGAAGAGCCGAGACAAGAGCAGGAACAAGGAGAAGAAGAAGAGCCACCAUGCAGGAGAGGGGACAGAGAAACACUCCAGCAAACCCAAAGUGGACGAGCUGCUGGUGUACAACAAGGAGCUGGAGGCAGAGUAUGAUAACUUUGAGGACUGGCUCCACACCUUCAACCUGUACAGAGGGAAGGCAGGGGACGACGAUGAAGCAGCCCUGGAUGACGACAGGAUCGUGGGCAGAUUCAAGGGCUCCAUGUGCAUGUACAAGUUGCCUCUGUCUGAGGAGAUCACCCGGGAGGUGGGCUUUGACCCUAACAUGGGCAUGUUCCAGAGCAUUCCACACAAUGACCCUAUCAACGUGCUCGUGCGCAUCUUCGUGGUCAGGGCCACAGACCUCCACCCUGCUGAUGUCAAUGGGAAAGCGGACCCCUAUGUUGUCAUCAAACUGGGCAAGUCAGAGCUGAAGGAUAAAGAGAACUAUAUCUCCAAACAGCUCAACCCUGUCUUUGGCAAGGCGUUUGACAUGGAGGCUACGUUCCCCAUGGAGUCCAUGUUGACAGUGUCAGUGUAUGACUGGGAUCUGGUGGGCACUGAUGACCUCAUCGGGGAGACCAAGAUCGACCUGGAGAACCGCUUCUACAGCAAACACAGAGCUACCUGUGGCAUCGCUAACAGCUACUCUGUACAUGGUUACAACGUGUGGCGUGACCCCAUGAAGCCAAGCCAGAUCCUGGCCAAGCUGUGUAAGGAGGGCAAGCUGGACGGCCCCCACUACGGCCCUGGGGGCAGGGUCAAGGUCGCCAACCGCGUCUUCAUGGGUACCACAGAGAUCGAGGAUGAGAAUGGUCUGAAGAAGCAGACAGACGAGCACCUGGCCCUGACGGUCCUGAAGCACUGGGAGGAGAUCCCCAGGGUGGGCUGUAAACUCAUCCCAGAACACGUCGAGACAAGACCCCUACUCAACCCUGACCACCCUGGCAUUGAGCAGGGGCGGAUUGAGAUGUGGGUAGACAUGUUCCCCAUGGACAUGCCAGCACCUGGACCCGCCAUUGACAUAUCACCACGUAAACCAAAGAAAUAUGAGCUCAGGGUGAUUAUAUGGAAUACAGACGAAGUAAUACUGGAGGACGAUGAUUACUUCACUGGGGAAAAGUCCAGUGACAUAUUUGUCAGGGGCUGGCUGAAGGGUCAGCAGGAGGACAAGCAGGACACAGACGUCCACUACCACUCUCUGACGGGCGAGGGGAAUUUCAACUGGCGCUUCGUGUUCCCCUUCGACUACCUGAUGGCUGAGGAGAAGAUCGUCAUCUCCAAAAAGGAGUCCAUGUUCUCCUGGGACGAGACCGAGUACAAGAUCCCUGCACGCCUCACCCUGCAGGUCUGGGACGCUGACCACUUCUCCGCUGAUGACUUCCUAGGUGCGAUAGAGCUGGACCUGAACAGGUUUCCCCGCGGGGCGAAGACAGCCAAGCAGUGUUCUAUAAACAUGGUCCAGAACCAGGCAGAGCUGCCUUGCAUCUCCAUCUUCAAACAGAAAAGAGUCAAGGGCUGGUGGCCAUUCGUGGCUCGCGACGAGAACGACGAGAUGGAACUCACGGGUAAAGUGGAGGCGGAGCUUCAUCUCAUGUCGGCAGAGGAGGCGGAGAAAAGUCCUGUUGGUCUGGGACGCAAUGAGCCUGACCCUCUGGAGAAACCAAAUCGCCCGGACACCAGUCUCAUGUGGUUUGUGAACACCCUGAAGUCCAUCCGCUACUUCAUCUGGCACAACUACCGCUGGCUGAUCCUCAAGGCCCUGGGCCUGCUGUUGCUGCUACUCCUGUUGGGUCUAUUCCUAUACUCCUUCCCUGGAUACCUGGUCAAGAAGAUGUUGGGGGCCUGA